AUGGUAUUUACAUUCGCAAAGCGAAUCUCUGAGAAUGUACAGCGCAGAAUUCGACGUGCAUUGCUAGCUGAACCAGAAAAAACACCACAACGAAUUGCCAUUGCCAUGGCAUCGAUUGUAUUGCUGUCGAUUGUAAUUACAUAUAAUGUUCUUUUCGAAAGAGAAAAACAAAAACAAGGUAUUCAACCACCGACAGCCAUGGAUUUGUAUCGUCAACGCAAUGCUAAAGAAAAACUUGAACGUUUGGAGUUACAGCGGAAUAUUUUGCAAAUUUAUAGAAAUACGAAUACUUCAACAACAGGCAAAGAUUUGUGA